AUUACCAUAAUAAAGGUAGAUAUACAUUGCACACUAAAAUGGUAAGGAAUCUAUUAGUUACCAUAUUUUUGCAUGAGAAAUACCACAUGACAUACCAAAGCCAAACUUUAGAACUUUCUGCCACCAUAACUUUGCCUUUUUCUCUCUUUCAUUCCAUCUGUCGUCAGUCUCUUUAUUGUUUAUAAAAAACUCUAACAAAAUCAAUCAAAUCCCACAAAGGAACAAGAAAGGUAAAAGGGAAAAAAUAAGAACAGAAGAAAAAGAAGAAUGAUGACAUGGUCUUCAAACUCCUUAAGGGGUUUAUGGUUUAUUUUGCCAUUGCUUUUGGUCGCUGUCUUUAUUGUUAUCACUGGUCCACAGGGUUCAAUUUGGCUAUCAACUUCUAAUCAUUAUAUAGAGACUCUCAAUAAUGGUUCUUCAACAACGGUAAAUCGGAAGGACGAGGCCCCUAUUAAUGUAAGCAAGAGCUCAGCAGCACCAAAAAGAUACAGCAAAUUAGAGAAAUUGGAAGCAGGCCUUGCAAAAUCUCGAGCUGCAAUAUUAUUAAGAGAAAACAAAAGUUGGAAUAAUAAUCAGACAGAAGAAGAUGAGUAUAUCCCUCAAGGUCCUAUGUACUUGAAUGCUACUGCCUUCCACAGGAGCUAUUUGGAAAUGGAGAAAAAAUUCAAGAUAUAUGUGUACAAUGAAGGGGAACCCCCAGUAUUUCAUUUUGGUCCAUGCAAGCACACAUAUGCUAUUGAGGGUUAUUUUAUUCAAGCAAUGGAAGUUAGCAAAUUCAGAACUGAAGAUCCAAACAAAGCACAUGUGUACUUCCUCCCAUUAAGUGUUACAAUGUUAACUCAAUUCGUAUAUGUGGUUGAUUCACAUGAAUGGGGUCUUAUGAAGAACACUGCAAUGGAUUAUGUCAAUAUCAUUUCUCAAAAGUAUCCUUAUUGGAAUAGAAGCCUUGGUGCUGAUCAUUUCAUGCUUGCUUGUCAUGAUUGGGGGCCUGAAAUUUCCUUUGCUAUUCCACACUUGUACAAAAACUCAAUUAGAGCUCUAUGCAAUGCCAAUACCUCAGAAAAAUUCAAUCCAACAAAGGAUGUUUCAAUUCCAGAAAUCCACCUUCCUCUAGGCACAACUAAAGGCCUCCUAGGCGGCCCUCCGCCCUCGGACCGUCCUGUUCUCGUGUUUUUUGCCGGAGGUCUUCAUGGACCAAUUAGGCCAAUUUUAUUACAACAUUGGGAAAAUAGUACAGAUGAAGAUGUUCAAAUUCACAAGUACUUACCAAAGGGUGUCUCAUAUUAUGAUAUGAUAAGAAAGAGCAAAUAUUGUAUAUGUCCAAGUGGAUAUGAAGUUGCAAGUCCAAGAAUGGUUGAGGGACUUUACAUGGGAUGUGUACCUGUCCUAAUUAAGGAUAAUUAUGUGACACCUUUUAGUGAUGUUCUUGAUUGGGACACAUUUGCUGUUACAAUUCCUGUUAAGGAUAUUCCUAAUCUCAAGAAAAUUCUUAUGGAUAUUCCUCAAGAGAAGUAUUUGGAGAUGCAAAAGAGGGGGAUUCAAAUGAGGAGGCAUUUUGAGGUUAAUUCUCCUCCAAAAAGAUAUGAUGUGUUUCAUAUGAUUCUUCAUUCGAUUUGGCUUCGAAGACUCAAUUUUCGAGUUCGUGAUGUGGAUGAAACUUGAAUUAAGAGUUUUGAUUUGUGAGAGAGGAAACUGUCGAUUGUCUUUUAGAUUUAUUUUAUUUUUUGGAGGAUUAUAUUUUACAAUUUAUGAUUUCGCUAAUAUAGAUCAAUAUACAUCAUUAUACUUCAUGCUUGUGCACCAUAUACAAAAUAAUAAAAGCUAUUCUGUUAUGUAUUUGAUCUGAAGUGUCUGUUGCGAUUGAAUAGAA